CGGGGCGGUGCGGAGGCCGCGGACACCGCCGACACCGCCCGCCGUAGACGGCGCGGCUCGCGGCCGUGGCGGUGGCUGCCCAUGCCGGUUCCCCUGCCGAGCGCCCGCGGGCCGGCGCGCAGCGGAGCUCCCGAUGAGUGAAGAAAAUACUUCUAUGAAGAGUAAAGGUACUCGAUUCUGGGAAACCUCUUAAAGCACCUCUAACUUCAAAGCUGGAGAAAAGUAAGAAGGAACGAUCCAUCUGACUGUCUUGGCAUCUCACACGGAACACAAAAUGGCUCUUCAGAAAAAAACUAUUGCGUGUUUAUUGGAGGAGUGGUGUUUGGCAGAACCACUGUUUGACUGCAGACGGCACCAGAAUGUUAGGAAAAAACUGAGACUGAUACGAAUUAUAGGGCUUCUUGUCAGUGUAGUGGUCAUUAGUACUUUUUCUCUUUCAAUUAGUGCCUUUUUCAAGAUGGAACCACGUAGCAUGGCAUUGACCAGCAGCCUAGAUAGCCAAAAGCAGGUGCGUGGGCACCAAAGAACUCUGUUGGAUAUCACAGAAGAGAAUGAAAAUGAUGCUCCAGACCUACAUGAUUCCAUGAAAUAUGAAGCUGAGCACAACAAUGCAACAGAUGAUCAUGCCAAGGGAGAGUACCCCGAGGACCUUUUCUCUCUUGAGGAGAGAAGGAAGGGAGCAGUGAUCCUCCAUAUAAUUGGAAUGAUUUACAUGUUCAUAGCCUUAGCCAUAGUCUGCGAUGAAUUCUUUGUUCCUUCCUUGACAGUCAUCACUGAAAAACUAAGCAUAUCUGAUGAUGUGGCAGGGGCAACCUUCAUGGCUGCUGGUGGGUCAGCCCCAGAACUCUUCACUUCUUUAAUAGGAGUGUUUAUCUCCCACAGCAAUGUCGGCAUUGGUACAAUAGUGGGAUCUGCCGUGUUCAAUAUCCUGUUUGUUAUUGGAAUGUGUGCUUUAUUUUCUAGAGAGAUCUUAAACCUUACUUGGUGGCCACUCUUCCGGGAUGUGUCCUUUUACAUCGUUGACUUGAUCUUACUAAUCAUCUUUUUUCUGGAUAACCUGAUCAUGUGGUGGGAAAGCUUAACACUCCUGACAGCAUAUUUUUGCUAUGUGACUUUCAUGAAGUUCAAUGUUCAAGUAGAAGAAUGGGUGAAGAAAUUGUUAAACAGAAACAAGGUUGAGAAGGUAACAACAGCAGACGCUGAAGGAAAGUCACCUAAUGCUGGCGACAAGGAUGACCAAACACUGACGACCAAGCCACGACUCCAGCGCGGAGGAAGCUCUGCAUCUCUCCACAACAGUCUGAUGAGGAACAGCAUCUUCCAGCUCAUGAUUCACACACUGGACCCACUUGCUGAAGAGCUUGGAUCAUAUGGAAACCUAAAAUAUUAUGACACAAUGACUGAAGAAGGAAGGUUCAAGGAAAGGGCCUCAAUCCUGCAUAAGAUCGCCAAAAAGAAGUGCCAGGUGGAAGACAGUGAAAGGCAGAAUGGAGCUGCUAAUCAUGAAAAAAGUGCAAAAGUGGAAGUUGCAGUAACACCACCAAGUGAUUCAGGACCAGUGCAGAAUGGAAUUGCCCAUAACGUUGAAGAAGAGAAUGAAGAGGAUGAGGACCAGCCUCUCAGCCUGGCCUGGCCUGAUACCCUGCGCAAGCAGCUCACCUACCUUCUUGUAUUACCCAUUGUUUUUCCACUGUGGGCCUCCCUCCCAGAUGUCAGAAAACCUAGAUCGAGAAAAUUUUUCCCUAUCACAUUUUUUGGCUCAAUCAGCUGGAUUGCAUUUUUUUCUUACUUAAUGGUCUGGUGGGCACAUCAGGUUGGAGAGACCAUUGGUAUUAGUGAAGAAAUCAUGGGAUUGACUAUUUUAGCUGCUGGCACAUCCAUUCCUGACCUUAUUACCAGUGUUAUUGUAGCACGCAAAGGUCUGGGGGACAUGGCUGUAUCCAGCUCUGUUGGAAGCAACAUAUUUGACAUCACAGUGGGACUUCAUGACCAGAAUGGUAUAACACCCUCACUGGAAAGGAAAAAGCCUGACCUUCACAGCUGUAAGGACACAGUAGUGCUCUCUGCAAGUGCAGCAGCAGCAGAGACCACUGCCCCGCUGAGGGCAGGGAGGGAGCAAAGAGUAACCGAUCCAAAGCCCUACGCACUGGGAAUAUUUCAAUCUAAAGCUGGCAUGAACAGCUUGAAGGAAGAAUUUUUGUGUGUAGGGCUAAGGGUUGGUAUCCUGUAAUGGCAUUUGUAUACUGUAUUAAAAUAUAUCUGACUCAUUUAUUGCCUGUGUCUGCUUUCCCCUGUCAACAAAUUUAUCUUGGAAGGUAUUAAAAGUAAUUUUUUUCCCUCAGGAAUGAGACACCUCAUGCCCCCCACUGCCUUGCAUCUGCUAGGCAGAUCAUUAUUCCAGUGGCUGCAUAACUCUGUGAUCAGUGGCAGCUCAGCUCCAGAGGUAGUAGGAGAGAUUU